UCCGCUGUGUAGUAGUAAAUGGCGGUCGCGCACAAGUGGGCAGUAAACACUUCCCUGGUUUUAACUGUAACUGUCUAAUUAUCAUCAAAACAUGUACUCGACUGUGGCGGAAAUUCACAGUGGUUAUAAUAAGUUUAUUUUGAACUUUCAGGUUGAUUCAUGUACGGACCUGAUCGGAAAUCCACCACGAACUAAACGAAAACGAAGCAAACGUUAAACCGAUGGAGAAGGAAGAUGGGGAAAAUGAGAAGGACUCUGAGGUGACAGAGCUGCGGCUCCGAGUGGACUCCUUGAAACAGGAGUUGAAGGAGUGUAGAGCAGAACUGGUGAAGUUACAGAAACAGCUGAGCCAGUCGGAGAGGCUGCAGAGGAGCACGGAGAGCUACAACGAAGACCUGAGGAAACAGGUUGAUCAGCUCAGUGCAGAAAUACAUGAACGGAAGAAAAAAGAAAAAGACAGAGUCAACAGUGAAACCCAAACAGAAGAACAUGUAUGGACAGAAACUGAUUAUUACAACUACUAUUAUGGCGACUACUACCAGAACCCUGAGGCUGCUGAGACUCAGGGGAGUGUGGUCACAGCGGCAGAGGAUGUUGCUGCUGCUGGCGAGACGACUGUAGCUUCAACAGAUAAUAAUGAAGCAGCAGCAGAAGUAUCAGAUCAGCCUGACAGCACUGCUGAGGUUAAAACAGAGGAGGGUGAUGCAACAUCCAUAGCUGACAUGUUAAGGGCCACCGCCGAGGAGGCAAUGACACAAACAGGUUUUGUCUUUGACGAAACAACUGGAAUGUACUACGACCACAGCACUGGCUUCUACUACGACUCGGCCAGUCAACUGUACUACGAUGCCAACACAGGCAUUUAUUACUACUUCGAUGCAGAGAGCGGACGAUAUCAGUUUCACUACAGGAUCGAAGUGUCUGCUGCACAGACGGGGGCAGAGCUUUCCCAAGAUCAGAGCACUACAGAAAGGAAAGGCAGAAAGUCCAAGAAAAUGGUCAAAAAGACCUCUCACCACAAUGAUAAGGAACCCAUGUCUGAUAAUGUAAAGUUGGAAGAAGAAGAAAUGGAGUGGGUUGAAAAGGCAACAACAAAGAGGACCAAUGAAUCACGGAAACAAAAACGAAGAUCUCACAGUCCAGAUGACGCUCCACGUAGAAAAGAUUCCUCUAAAGAUCGAGAGGGGAGGGACAAAUCUUCAUCAAAGAGGAAGAAGCACAAGAACGGUUCAACCUAUGAUAAAAGCAGGUCGAAGAAAAAGAGGAAGAAGUCCAAGUCUGAAAAGCACAAGAGGAAAAAGAGGUCAGUUUCACGGAGUGACAGCUCAGAAGGAAACAGUGAACCAGAAGAAGGUGAGAUCACAGAGUCAGAAAAAGAAGAGUGGGAUUCCACCUCGUCAUCGUCGUUGUCAUCUGACUCCCCCUUUGAAGAGAACCAAGAAUUAGAGAUGGAGACUCAGAGUCAAGAAGUCAAAGAUAUUUGGCCACCGUGCGUCAGAGUGACAGUGGUUCGGUCUCCGGUGCUUCAGGUGGGCACACUCUUCAUCAUCACAGCUGACUCCUCAGCCACUAUCGGCAGAGAAAAGGACAUGAACCAUGCAAUCAGAAUAGCAGAAAUGGGUGUAAGCAAGUUCCAUGCUGAAGUGUACUUUGACCAGGAACAGCAGAGCUAUGUGCUGGUGGACCAGGGAAGCCAGAAUGGAACAGUCAUCAAUGGCAACAGGAUCUUACAGCCCAAAACCAAGUGCGAGCCCCAUGCAUUGAUGCAUGGAGAUGAGGUGAAGAUGGGAGAAACAGUUUUGUCCUUCCAUAUCCACUCAGGGACUGAUACCUGUGAUGGCUGCGAGCCUGGUCAAGUGAUGGCACAUCUCAGCAAGUACAAGAGAGAAGAGCCUUGUCCUCUCUCAGGUCCUGUUCUUAGCAAAGAGGAAAAAGAGGUGCUGAGGCAGAAGGAGCUGAAGCAGAUGAAGGCCAAAUAUGGCCUGCAGAGCAAUGAGUUUGAAGAGGCCAAAACCCUGAAAAACCCUAAAUACAAGGACCGAGCAGAGUCUCGGCGACAGACGGUGGGCAGCGAAGGGGUUUUCCAACGAGAUGAUGCACCUGCCUCUGUUCACACGGAGAUCAGUGAAGUCAAUAAAGGACGGAAGAUGUUAGAAAAGAUGGGCUGGAAGAAAGGAGAAGGACUGGGUAAAGAGGGAACAGGAAUGAAAGCCCCGAUUGAACUGAAAAUCCGAAAGGCCCAAACAGGUUUGGGGGCUGGCGCUGCCGUGUCUCUAGAUGACGCCUCCCUGACCAGGACGAAGUCUCAGAAAAACUGGGAGAAAGCUCGUGAAAGAUUUGCAGACACGUGUCAACCUAACAAACCAUCACAGAUGCAGAACAGUUCCCCUAAAGCCUGGGUCAAAGCAGAAGAGGCCGCAAACAGCCAAACAGGUUCCGAUACAAAUGACCAAAGUUAGUAUUAAUAAAAGUGCAUAUUUAUUGCAGAAUGGGGAGGUUUUGUGUGUAUGAUACAUGUAAACUACAGUAAAUACAGUGUUAUUUUCCUAAAGUGAGACCAAACAUCUUUUCCUUGGUAUCAUUUGACUCUUAAGCACAGAAUCUGAAAACUACCAUGUCUAUGUCAUCUUUGUUGAGCUGUAAAAUCAAUCCUCAGUUGUAUAAAUGUUAUACAUCACUGACUGUUCUUUCCAACUGUUUUAGUGUUUAUAAUCAAACAUUCGAAAGGCUAAAAAAGCAGUCAACAGAUGCAUAUUGAGUUUCAUGAUCAGACAUGUGUACAGGCCAGUGGACAGAGGCCAGAGCUCCUGCUGCGACUUUCAGUACAAGGGCAUGAAUAACCUCAAGCAAAUAUUGACACAGUGAAGAUACAUUUCUCACAGUGAGAUCAUGGUGUUAGGAGGUGGCUGUGGAUGUGUCCAGGCAGCCGCGUUACAGCUGAUAAUGUAAGACAAGUCGCAACCGCUCAGCGCUGUAGCAUGCCAACUAUUUUUCAUUUUUCACAUUAAACUUUGAUAAUGCUGA